AUGAUAAAGAUCAAAGUCAUGAUGAUUAUCCCAGGUCAAGCAAAGACAUCUACAGGUUGUAUUAAAUUUGGUAGUUAUCAAAGAAUAGAGGUCGAAAUGGGUUACUCUUCAUAUCGUAUUGCUUCACAAGUAUAA